CAUAGGUUUUCCUUCCUUCGAAGCCAAAUUCAGGUUCGUUUUUCUCUUUGUCAUCCUUUCGAAUCCAAACCAUCUUCGAGCUUGUUAAGAAAGUUCUUCGGACUUCGACUGACAAAAAAUGAAGUUGAACACAAGAGUUACCUCCUCUCGGCGCAAGAACCGCAAGCGUCAUUUCAGCGCACCUUCCCACAUUCGUAGGAAGUUGAUGACGGCUCCCCUAUCCAAGGAACUCAGGACAAAGUACAACGUCCGAAACAUCCCCAUCCGCAAGGAUGAUGAAGUUCAGGUUGUACGAGGCCACUACAAAGGACAGCAGGUUGGCAAAGUCAUCCAGUGCUACCGUAAAAAGUUUAUGAUCUACAUUGAGAGGAUCCAGCGUGAGAAGGCCAAUGGAGCCACUGUUCCAGUUGGCAUCCACCCAUCUAAAGUUGUCAUUGUCAAACUGAAGAUGGACAAGGACCGCAAGAAGAUUGUGGAACGGAGGGCUAAGGGCCGCCUUGCUGCUUUGGGCAAAGACAAGGGCAAAUACACAGAAGAGUCUGCAGCCUCCCCUGCCACCACGACGCCGAUGGAAACAGCUUAAAUUUUCGGUCGAGAUACUUUGUACAUUCUAUUUGAAUACAGAGUAUUUGAGCUGCAUAA